AUGGCACCUUCAACUCAAGUGGUCAAGGCGCAUAAAGAGUCCAAGAAGCCGAAAGAGAAAGCUUCAAAACGUCUCCGAGAUGACGAUUCUACCGACACCGCUCGUCCCAAGAAAAGACGCGAGCUCUCCAGCGAUGCGCUACAGAAGAAGUACACGUCAACUCCUCGCCAAGAUCCUGCGAAUUCUCAGCAAGAAUCAUUGACAGAAAACUCAACGUACAAAAGGCCAGCCACAUCCCUCAGUAUCAAGCCAUCUCGAGAUAUGAGUCGCAAAAGAGAGAAGAAGAGCGUCUCCAAGUCCGAAAGGUCCAAGGAAACAAAUAAUGGACAUGUUUUGACGAGUGAAUCCCAAGAGUUGGUCACUCCUACAGCGACGAGUUCAACUUUGCAUGCUGGACUAAACCCUGUCACUUCCUCAUCCUCAGUCAUUGCUGGUACCAACGAGCUACCAAAUUUCUUCGACCCUGGUUCCGCCGUCACUCCCGACGAUAUUCUGCUCCUUAUUAGAAAUAUGGACAUGAGCUUACCAUCCCAAGAGCGGGCUCACGAGAUUCCGCGUCCGGCAUCCGGGAGUCGCCCUAAGAAGACAACGAAAGCUGAGAAAGUCGGCAAGAAUGCAAGACUCGAGGUGCCACCCGAUGUAGCCAGCCAAGCUCACUUAUUGGCUACAACAUGGUACACCCCGAGUGAGCUGAAGGAGUUACAGGAGAAAGGCAUGCAAAUUAGACGAGGCAUAUUCACCAAGAUGGAAAAGCAGGCCGUAGAAGCAGCCUUGGAUAAAUAUGCCUCUACCCAUAAACUCUUACGUGCUGAGGUGGUCGAACUCAUGUUCAAGAAAAGAAAGGAUGCGGAGCAUGCCUCUUUUUGGACAGAUAUUGGCAAGUUUUUGACAUGGUACCAAUAUUAUUCUGACUUUCCUAGCCGCCCCUGGUCGAAAGAAGAGGAAGGGCGCCUCAUGAAAAUCAUGGAAAAGUACGACUUUGGUAGCCAAAAUGUAGACGACGACCUCUGGUGGGCAGCUGUAGUCCGGGAAAUGGGAGGGACCAGAAGUCGAGCUCAGAUACGAAUAAAAUGGUUGGACUGUCUCAACAAGAAGCUCAAGGCCGGGGGCCCUCGUAGAUGGCUCCCAAUCGACCAUUACAUUCUCAUUCACAAGCAAGUGAUUUUACUCUGUUGCGUCGUCCUUACUUACAGAAGAUCCAGAAUCGUCACUCUUGAGGUCAAUGACGAGAGCGAGAUUGUCUGGAGUUCGCUCGGUGAUGAGGGCUGGAAUCUUUGGUCUGGUCACGAACUGUCCAAGCGGUGGAACGCAAUGAAAAGGAGCGUCAUUGGAUACGAAGAUAUGCCUUUUUAUGAACUCUUGGACAUUCUCAUGGCGAAGAAAGGAAGUCUUUCCGCAAAGGAGAUCGAGGCUGCGAUCAAGAUGACCCAAGAAGCCAAUCCCUCUGUGGAGACAAAGGAGAAACGAGCCGUCGUCAGCUCCGAGUUUGUCGAAGAUUCAGACGAGGAGGGGGAUUGA